AAACUCAUGUGUCAAUUGUUUUUGUUUUAUCUUCCUUUUUUGUAGAAAAUUAAUGAAUUAGUAAAGAAAUCCAACGUCAGCCCCAAAGUGAGAGAACUUUUAGAGCAAAUUAGUGGUUUUGACAAUGUUCCCAGGAAAAAGGCAAAAUUUCAGAAUUGGAUGAAGAACAGUUUAAAAGUUCAUAAUGAAUCAAUUCUGGAGCAAGUGUGGACUAUCUUUUCUGAAGCUUCCAGCACUGAGCCAGUCAGUAAGGGACAGGACCAACAGGCGCCCAGCCCGGCAGCAAAUCCAUGUGCAGAGAACUCCGCACCCUCCAGAGUGAGUGACACCCAGGAGAGGCCAGCAGAGGCAAAGAAAAACAGAAGAGAAAGGAAGGAAGAGCGGCAGAGGAAUCGGAAAAAAGAAAAGAAAGAACUAAGAUUAGAAAACCACCAAGAAAAUGCAAAGAAUCAGAAGCCUAAGAAGCGCAAAAAGGGGCUGGAGGCUGACCUUGGGGCUGACGUUGAAGCUGUUGGGAUGGGAGCCCCGGAGGCCAAUGGAUCGGUAAGGAAGAAGAGCAAGAAGAGGUGCCAGAGCCAGCCUGCCAGGGAGGAGCCUGCAAGGGAGGAGGUGCUGUGGGCUGCCAGAGCCAGGGGCCCCUCCCGCCAGGAAGAGGCAGAAACGGCUGCAGGGAAGAGGAAGCGGAAGUUCUCAGGAGUUGAAACAAAUUCCAAGAAGAAAAAGAUGAAAUUCUCAGGACAUUCUGAGGGUGCAGAACCAGAAGACCACGUGGCUCCUGCAGAAGGUAAAUUCAACUGGAAGGGAACUAUUAAAGCAAUUCUGAAACAAGCCCCAGACAAUGAAAUAGCAAUCAAAAAGUUAAGGAAAAAGGUUUUAGCUCAGUAUUACAUGGCAACAACUGAACGUCACAGGUCUGAAGAGGAGCUUCUGGUCAUCUUUAACAAAAAGAUCAGUAGGAACCCAACCUUUAAGUUGUUAAAGGACAAAGUCAAGCUUUUGAAAUGAACAUUUCUGUUUUUAAAAGUUGAAUUCAUUCUGUCGACUCUUUUUCACAUUGUUUAUAAAAUGUGUAAUGAAUUAUAGCAACUCAAACUGUGUUUUCCAGAGCCAUUAUUUUUAAGUUAAGGAAAAAUUAUAUUUUUGGUAGAACUUUUAUGAAAAAAUAAAAUAUAUUCUUGUCCAAAAUUCU